AUGUUUAGUGGAAGAUUCGCCGCAAUUAUCAUGCUGGUCUUAGCAGCUAUAAUGAUCUUAAAUUCAUCAGCUAUGAAGCUAAGCUCAUCUCUCAAUAACCUCAAGACAGCAGCUUAAUUAAAAUCAAAGACUAAAAUGAACUCUUAAUAUAAUUUACCACCUGAUUGGAAACCUUUCGGAGGAGUAUACGCUCAAUCAUAAGAUUCCUCUGAGUGA